CAAGACUCUCUCACCGCUCGAUCCUGGUUCGUAUGGACAACACAGCAGCGCGUUCUUUUAUCUCAACAAGCAGUGGGGGGGCACGGUCACCCCCCCCUCUGCAAAGAGGCCCUGUGACUCUGGCACCUGUGUAUGAGGCACGAUAUCACGCCACAGGUGGAAUACCUCCCGGGGUGCAAGAAUCUGCUAGCAGACACGCUGAGCAGAUCCUUUGGAGCCCACAAGUGGUCGCUCAAGGACUUUGUUCUGCGUCAGGUUUUCCACAGGUGGGGUUAUCCCCUCCUAGACCUGUUCGCCUCGGCACACAAUGCCAAGUGCCGGAACUACUGUUCCCUUCUGGGACUGGGGAAAUAUUCCCUGGGGGAUGCCCUGACGGCUGUGUGUCCAGAGGGCAUUCUCUAUGCUUUUCCCCCGUUUCCCCUAAUUUCCAGGGUGUUGACCAGAGCGAGGACUUUUUGGUCCACGAUCAUUCUCAUAGCCCCCAGGUGGCCCAGGCAAUUCUGGUUCCCCAUUCUAGUGGACAUGCUUACCCAAGACCCAAUAGCGCUCCCUCCAGUCUGGGACCUGCUAACUCAUACUUGGGACGAGGGGACCAUGGUUCACCCGGAUCUCAGGUCUCUCCACCUAAUGGCCUGGUUUAUCCAUGGCUGAACCAACCUGAAAGGGAAUGUUCCCAAGAGGUUCAGAUGGUGCUCCUCAGUAGCAGGAAACCCUCUACUACAUGGUCGUACGCUGCCAAGUGGCGGCGCUUCUCGUCUUGGGCGUCCCGGAGAGGAGUACACCCGCCCUUGGCUCCUAUUCCAGCUAUCCUUGACUAUCUUUUCCAGCUUCGGUCCAGUGGCCUUUCCUUUUCUUCUAUCAAAGUCCAUGUGGCAUCUCUCUCCGCCUUCCAUGCUGGUACGGCAGGAGUUUCCCUCUUUUCUAACCAGGGCGCAGGCGUCCUCGGUAGCUUUUGGUGCUCAGGUACCAAUCACGGAAAUUUGCAGGGCGGCCACAUGGUCUUCCCUCCACAUGUUUACGGCGCACUAUGCGCUAGCACAGCAGGCCAGGGAGGAUGCAAGUGUGGGCUCUGCAGUCCUCGAAUCUGUAAUGUAAAUAUGUUCUGUUGUUAUUGUUGUUAAUACGUGCCUUAUCUGUGUUGGAUUGUUCAAAUAAAUCAGUUUAUUUGUUCACCUUUUUCAUGACUCUGGUGGUCUGAUUGCUCCGACCCCUCCUCCGUGGGGUUAGCUUGGUAGUCACCUACUUCGAAUGG